UUCCAUCCGUCAUGACGUCACAACAUAAACAUCGACUGGAAAUGUAGGACAUUCAAGUACUCUUGUGUUGACAUUUUAUUUUUCAGUGAUUUUCAUAUUUCGUCAAGAUGUCGAGAGACAUGACAGAACAUUAUACAGACAGCUUCUCCCGACAGACAGAAGAGAUGUUUCGGGAGUUGUUGAGUCCGAUUGAACCUUUAAUUAUGAAGAUUCAGUCAUUACUUGUUUGGGAGAGACCACAUAAAAGUGCAGUGAUGUUUUUGAUCGUUCAUGGAAUAUUUUGGUUUACCGCUGUCAAUGGCUGUCAGUUUUAUUUUUGCAUUAGUUCAAUAGCUGCCAUCAUGUUUUUCGUUUACACUUGGAGGAAAUGGAUCUGGCCCGAGAUCAGAGUUCCCCCAGCUAUUCCAGAAGAUCCAGACAGCUGGACUCCUGUCCAUGUCCGGUUGUUGAGUGUUCCUGAAAUCUGCCAACAUCUGGCCCACCUGUGGAUUUUCAUGUCAAACAACUUCAGUUGUUGGCUUGCAUUUAGGAAAGAUCAUCAUUUCUUGUUUACGUGUCUGAACUGCUCUUUCUUGCUUCUGUUUGCUGCAUUUGGACGAUUGAUUUCUGGUCUGACUCUAACAUACAUAAUAGUGAUGUCAAUGAUGUUGUGGCCCUGUGUCCUGUACAACAACUUGUUUCAGAAGAUCUACAUAGCUCUGGAGCCUCUGUUGAUGCGGUUGGAUUACACUUUGAAAAUCAGGCCAUGGAUCUGGCGUCACCAACAGGCUCGGAAAACGGCGAACUUUGGCAGCAUUGGCACGACCACUCGUGAUUCAGAUAGCGAAUCAGAGGAACUCAUGCCAACACGAGACCCUAAAGUCACAGCAGCGCUCGCUCGAGCCAUCACUGAUUCAGAGGAUGAGGGUAUGAGCACACCCGAUAUCCCAACCCCCAGGAUGUCCAAGGAACCCUCAGUCAAUCUGAAUGAUGAGCAUGAGGAUUUGUCAGAUACCUCUGACAUAGAGGCCGAGUUUGCCAGGGGCUUAGGUCAGAUGCCUUCGCUAGAAGAUCACUUGACUGAUGAAGAAAUACUUGAGCCUUCCUUACCCCAAGAGACAAAGGGGGAAAUAAAAUUUGUCUCAUCUCAUUUCGGUGAUUCUACAGACGAUGAAUUAGAGGAAUCAAGACUAGGUAAAGGAAUGAAAUUCCCUGAUUUAAAAGAUUUGUCAAUGGUUGAAUCUUCCACAGGAAUUCGGGAAACAGCCAAUCAAAUUGUGUCUUCUGUGAUGGGAAAUGCAUUGUCAGGAAUCACAAACCUUACCCAAAGAGCAGUGGGUACAGUCACAAAUAGCAACAAUGAGGAUAAAAUAGAUGGAAAAGAGGCUCAGGUUCAAAGUUCAUUGUCACAGCAACGAUCAUCUGAUGCAAGUGACCUUGAUAUUGCAGAGGAGUUUGAGUUUUUGGAUCAGUAUGAUGCGGAGGAGGGUUAAUGGAAAUUAUUUUAUAACAUAUCUGUGAUGUUGAUUGCAAUGCUGAGUGUUGGGGAAAUUUCACUUUUAUUUUCCUCAAACCUAUUUUUCACUUUUAUUUUUACUUUUAUUUUAGCAUUAUUUUUUUAAAAACACAUGCAUAUACAAAUUACCACAUUUUCUGAUUUGCCAGGCAAAGAAAUUACAAAAAAUUUUAUUAGUAUGAUGUCUGCUCAAAAGCUAGAGUCCUUCAUUGAUUUACAGCUCCCAUUUGUUGUUUUCUUUUUUUUUUGGUCAGAAUUUGUAUUUAUUUAUUCAAGAAAGUUCACAUAUCAAUUUGAAAUUUUGAAAUGGCCUUUGGAUGGAGUCAAAAUUUUCCAGCACAAAUAUUUUUAUAUAUAGGUCUUCCAAUUACAGUGAGACCAAAUUUUACUUCAGCAAUGUAAUGUGAUGUAAACAAAAUUGACGUGUAUAAGAUUGAUUUUUUUCCUUUCCAAGAAUUUACCGUAGAUUGUAAUUUUGUAACCAGUUUGGGAAUUAAUGUAUAGAAAAUAUUGUAUGAAUAAAUGAAAAAAUUAACUUUUCAUUCGAAUUCAGACCUCUUAUUAAGUUCAGGAGUGAGCAUGAGAGAGUUUUCCGUCAGUACUUUUUUUAUUAGUCCAUUCAGAUUUCAUUCUGAUAAAUUUUUAGUGCUUUUCAAUAAUUUUUUUUUAUUAUUGAAAUUUGUUGAAAAUAUGCAUUUGUUCAUUGCUAGCAUAUUAAUGAAAUCAGGAAUUUUUAAUUUUAAUGCAGAGGAAUCUCAUUUUAGAUAUAAAUACACAAUGAAGACAGAAUCUUAAUUAAAAUAUUCUAUUCUUCUGUCUGUAUUGUAUUACGUGUAUCAUUGUAAAUAUUGAAUGGUUAUUUAUUUAUUAUCAUAUUUUAUUGAAUAUGAUUUUAUUUGUACAUGCAAAUAUAUUAUCUAUCUUCAUAGCUACAGUCAAUGGUUAUAUAGAACUUCCAUGCACAGCCAAAAUACCUUUCUUAUCAGUGAUUUGUUAUAUCUUGUUAAGUAAUUGCACUUCUGAUGACAACUUUAAUUUCAUUGUAAAUUAUUUGGUGCUUUUGCUAGUUUUGAAGCAAGACUGACCCAUGAAUUAUAAACUGUAGUAAAAUUAUCUGAUUGUAAAACUACACAUUCAAAAUGGAACAAAAGCAGCUAGUUCUCCUAAGUGGGUGAAAAUGUCAUGAAUGAAGUGAAGACGGUAUGCAGUAGUAAUAGAGAACCAUUUGGUGACAAUUUAAUUAGAAUUUUGUUCAAAUUAGAAAUUCACUGUAAGCAUAUUCACUAUACAAAUCAUGUUUCGCCUUUUUUUUUGUUCGUAUGCAUUUUAAGGAACGUGUGCACCACUGUCUAAUGCUUCUAUUCAUCUUAAUUAUAUGCAAUAUGGAUUACAAGGAAUGAAUAUUUUACACUCACUUUUACUGAACAUAUACAAUGAUAUAAUGAUUGUGACAAGUAUCAGACAUGUGGGUGAUAUUGAAUAUUUUAAUGUAUAUGAGUCAUACUUAUUGUGUAUAAUGCAUUAUAUUCAAUUUUGUGAUAGAAUCUUAAAUUUGUGAUUCCCAUAUAAUUGUGUUUCAUAUAUGUAUAUUAAACACAGAAACUAAA